AUGUUUACUCAGGCUAGUCGCAACUAUCACGACAAUCACAGAUUUCACUACCAACAGGCUCAACCCAAUGACCGUAUAACAUCAAUUGCAACCAACGAGAUCCAACACCGAUAUCAACAACAACCACAACAGAUACAAUCUCCGGUAGCAAGAGAAAAUCGACAAUCUAAUAACUAUACCUAUUUGUCUCCAUCAACUGCAACCUCAUCUUCAUCUUCAUCUUCAUCCCUAUUUUCCGCUGACAACAACUUUCCUGAUCGUUGUGAAAAUGAAAACAGAAUCACCACCGAAGAAAACAAUAGCAGCAUUAGCAACAGCAACGACAGUGAGGAAAACUAUCAUUUGCAACAACGUUCAUAUUCACCACCAACACCAUGUCCUUCAAUAUGGAGCAACUUUGAUGCCAAACAUGUUCCUGAUAGUCAUGAAUUAUUACAAUUACUCGAACCUAACCCUGUUUUUCCUCCUGCUUAUGAUACUUUACCACCGGGUGGGUGUCCCAGGUUUCCCGUACUUCAACCUUUGUCGUCAUUUGAAGAAGCCAUCUAUACCAACCUACACUCCCCUCAACUUGCCUCUCCAACAACAACAAUAACUAACUCGUCAACGUUUUCUGCUGCCCCUUCAAAUUCACAAGAAACAACCGAGACACUCCCGCCAUCAUACUCGCCGUCCAUAUACAAAAUUGGAGUUGUUUCAAGGAAAGUGGAAUGGGUGAACCCCUAUGAGAUGUCCACCAAUCGAAGUUGGAAAUAUCUUAUUUGUGAAUUAAAUUCAACUCAGUUAAACUUUUACAAUAUUCCACCAAGUUAUGAAGAGAAGAUAUUGGAUUUUGUCUCCAAGGAUAAGAAGUUAUCUUCAUUUCAAAACACUACCAGGCGCAUUCCAGCUAAUGAUUCUAUAUUAACCAAUGAUUUUGAUCACCAGUUUUACGAUUUUGUCAAGAAUCAGGGCUUGCUUGAAGAUUUGUCUACUGGAUCUAAGAAAAAAGGUUUAGUUAGAACUUAUUCGCUACAAUAUGCUAGGAUAGGAUUGGCUACUGAUUAUCAGAAAAGGGUUAAUGUAUUGAGGUUAAGAAUCGAAAGUGAACAAAUUUUGUUACAUUUUGAAAACACCCAAGAUUUAAUUGAUUGGAAUAUGCUGCUUACUGUGGGUAAGGAUAUUGCUAUAGAUGUUAAUGAACGGGAAUUACCCAAGUAUAGAACUGUGCCAAGGCGAAGAAGAAGAGGCAACAGAAGAAACAGAAGCACAGGAGGCGUCAAUGGAGGAUAUGCUAAUCACUCCGCCUCAAAUUCACCAACAGCCCAUUUCUCCCGUUACAACCCAACAACCGAACAAUUUGCAAACACAAAGAAUAUGUUCAAAUCAGUCUCAGAUGCAAAUAAAAUCAAAGGUAGAUUUAACAAACUCAGAUCCAAAUUUUCGUCAUCUAGAUUGAGAAGCAGCUCGUCUCCAUCACCAGCGACACCCAGUGGUAAUCUUGGAUCUAAUGAGGACUCUCGUACAAGAUUCAGAUCUGCAACUAACUUUUCCGAGCGACAAGAUUGCAGCAACAACGUAGCGGAGCAGAAUUAUCUGUAUCAAUCACAAGGAGGUGAAUAUUCGUUAGCUGCAGGUAGAAACCAUCAAUCCAAUCAUAACUUCAAUUAUGGCAGCUCAUAUGCCAACAGUUUUGAAGACGAUGAGGACGAUGUUGAAGAUUACGAUGAAGAGUUCAACGAGGUUUUGAGGAGAUCUAGACAUGAAACGCUGGCACUGACAUUAACUCCACAAGGUGCUGUUGAAGAUGAUCAGGAGGAUAUUCAAAGUAUGUCAGAUUUACGUUUAGAUGAGGAUGAAGAGGAUGGGUCAGGAGAAGGUGAAGAACAAGGUGAAGAUGAGGAAGACGAAGGAGAAGACACAGAAAACGGGUUCAUUUCUAUGGCAAGAAGUCGUGGUAUUUUUGCAAUUGAUGCCCCUGAACGCAAAACACGUUCCAACAUUGCUGGAGGCGAUGAUUACAAAUGGAAUCCAUGUCCAAAUGAGGGAUACAGUAAACGCAGGUAUUAUCGUAAUUGUUUGCGUUGUAUAAAACCCCUCACAAUGGAGGAUUCAUGGGUUUACAAGCCACUAGUGAAGCCUACUCCAUUUUCACCAUUGAAUGUUGCUUAUCUUAAAGCAGUUAAAUAUGCAGGACCAAAUGGUGAAGUCUUAGCAUCGGCUUCAGUAUCAGUUCCAAAUUCUGGUGUUUCUUCAUCGAGUGCCAGCAUUACAUCACUGUACCGCAAGAAUGGAGGUGGUGGUGGAGCUGGACUUAACACAACAUUGAUGUUACCUGAUACUGCAUUGACUAAAUUGCCUAAUCACUUUUUGAAGGAGUUUUGUGUUGGACCACAUGGAUUGGUUCCCAAGGAGAUCAUAUAG